AUGUCUAGCUCAGAUUCCAAUCCCAGCCGAGAGGGAGACUCGGCAAUGGGGUCCAAAAGGGGAAGACGUCCUCUAGAAGCGGAGGAUGGGGGGUCAGUUACAAACCGCCGACGUAUGCAGAAUCGGAUGGCUCAACGCGCUUAUCGCCAGCGCAAAGAGUCGGCAAUCGACAUUCUGAAAAGGAAAAUCCAAGAACUGGAGAAGUCUAAAGAGGAGAUGGGGAGAGAGUUUGUCAACUUCACCUCAGUGAUACUAGAGCAAGAUGCCAUCAAGCAAUGCCCCGACAUCAUUAAGCACAUCAAGCAUUCUACCAUCACAUUGAUCUCUAGUGCUGGAGAGCCUGAUGAUAUCGAUGAGGCUCGUGGUCAAGAUACACAGGGAAUCACACCAGUGAUAGAUCUUCAAACAACUGUCCUGGAUGACGUUUCCCCACCUCUGGAGCAAACCGAAGGCUUUGACCUUCCUAUACUAGAUCCUGCUACCCAGGUCCACGGUGGAGAUCUUUUUAAUACAACCGUCGACUCACAGCCCUGCUCGAACUCUAAUUUCGACUCAACGCCUUAUUCCUUCAACGCACACUCCUACUUCCAGGCACCAUCCAAUCAACAGUUUUACAGCAUGUACCAGCUCCCAGGAUCAACCAUCGACUCUUCGCUGCCCUGUCCUCGGUCAUAUGCCGCACAGGAGCAUACUUUCGGGCGUCGACUACAUAGGGCCUCACAAGAAGCUGGUUUCCUUCUAGCAUCUAUGAAACAUUCUCCUCCCACAUGGUAUCGAAAGGUGUUUGGCUUCUGUCUGCAUUUCGAGACCCGGGACGAGAUCACUGCGCGCUUGAGAGAGUCAGUGCGUAAAUGCCAGGAUACGACGUUGAAUAAUUGGAAGUAUCCUUUCACUAAUAUUGGCGGAUCAGGGCUUUUCUACCCCCAGGAACACGGCUAUGGUACUGGUGGGCUGCCAGUGGGAAACCUAUCUCUACCAAACGAGGUCUACAGACCGUCAGAAAUGUCUGGCUUCUCGAUGGGGCCUUUUGGACCAUCUGUGGAAGAGGUUCGAGAUCUACGCCUAAACCCUCAGCUACGUAUCAUUGAUAGAGAGUAUGACGGAGACUUCUUUGACUCGGAUGAGAUCGAAAUUUGUCUUCGUGGGUAUGGAGUGACAAUUCCACCCAGCAAAGACUUUGUCACUGCUCAUAUCGACAUGGCCAUGUUCGAGCCAAGUUCUGGGUCAAACCAGCCUGUAGACAGACCGAUCAGCAGCGACGACAUUGAGUAUAUCAUAGGCGAAGAACCACAAGUGGAAGACGUAGCCUUUCAUUGUCCUGCUGGUAUGGUGGGUAUGGCUAUGGGGGCAAUGCCUCCGCCCCCAAAGCCAACAUCAGAGGAGCACUGGAAGACUCCUUUCAAGAGAGAUACAAAGGUCAAGGUUGACGUGGAACGGCUCAUUACAUAUCUGGUUACGUCGACAGUUUGCUUGGGAAGAACCCCUGCAGUCCGCCCCUUGGAUAUCCGUAAGGCGCUGAAGUUGGCAAUUGUUCAGGAUGAAUAA